GUAAAAUUGCACACACAGCCUCGCUGUUGGCUGUGGUAACAUUUCAGUCAGAGGGAAGACUCUGAAGGGGACAGUUUGUCUUGGUAAAAGCCUGGGAGUAGAUCCAGUAUGGCUGUGACUGGGGAUGAGACAGAAACAGGCACCUCAGGUGACAUGCCUGCCUGCCAGCUGCAUAACGCCAGCUCCAGCCUUCCACAGGAGGAGGCAGAGACCAGCACUCACAGCUCCCUGAAACACGCAGAGACAAUAGAAAAGAGGGAGCUCCGCUUGAUGAAGAACAGGGAAGCUGCCCGAGAGUGUCGACGAAAGAAGAAGGAAUAUGUCAGAUGCCUUGAAAAUCGCGUGGCCGUGCUCGAAAACCGAAACAAGACUCUGAUUGAGGAGCUCAGAUCCUUAAAAGACAUCCACAGACACAAAGUCGAGUAAUUCCUCUGAUUGCACACGCUGUGUUGGUCUGCUUCUGUGGGGUGUCUUGAGGACUACGGUCUUGCUUAAACAGACACAUAAACACACACUCACACAAAACACUCCUUGUGCUUGCAGUAAAAUGUGUUUACACAAUGAUGUCAGCGUUUCUGGCUCUGAAGUAUCCAAUGUGCCACCACCAGCAAAAACAAGAACCUAGUUUCAGGUCAGGGUAUCAGUGAGUAUUACAAGGAACUUGUGUCCCUUUGAACAGAGCUGCUGCCAGACGAUGCAGGGUCAGAGUGAACAAAUACGUGGAUCAAAUGAAGACUCGCAUUGCCGCACUGGAGGCAGGGAAUCCCUGGCUGAUGGCCGCGCUGCAGCACGGGAAGAAGCCACUGUUUUAACUUCAUUGCAUUUUGCAUUCCUUUAUGAUCCAUUUUAUAAUUUGGCUCUAUUAAAACACUGUAUCAGCUGACA